CCCAAAAGCACUAAAGGUAACAAUCACGCACCUAGCCGGAUUAUUUCAGCCAUCUCUGGACUGCAACAUAGCUCGGUCAAAGUGGAAACUAGGUUUCAUCAAACCUAUUCACAAGGGAGCAAGUCGGUACGAGCCUGCCAAUAACCGCCCGGUCAUCUUCUCCCGGUGUUCGCCAAAGUUAUGGAAGAAAUUCUGGCCGACGCAUUGACGGGCUAUGUGGAAUGCCAUGGAAUUAAACUUGCUGAGAAAACAACUUACCAGAGGAGCUGAAGCCAAAAGAAUCGAAAAGGAUGGUUCAGGACCCGCUGUUUCUGAAGAACACGGUAACCGACGAAGCAUUAUAGUAGAUCACGGACUCCCACUCACGAAAACUCAUUCAACGCAAACUGACCACGUGGACUGGGCUCCCGAAGCACAGUUUGGAGCUAAUCUUCUAGAAUCGAACGAAAACUUUCUCACCCCAGUCAACGGGCCGAAGACCGAUUCCAAUCAAGUGAUUCAGCCUAUUCUUCAACAAUUGCGACUGCUCCAAAGUGAUAAGGAAUACUUAACCAAGCAAGUAUCCAACCUGACGCAGAAACUUGCUGCGGUGGACAAAAGAGAACAGCUUAGGUUGAACGUCUUGGAAACACGUCGUGCAGGUGAUUGUGAGCAAGCGGAUUCAUCAGGAAAUGAAGACCAACGCACCGGUGAUUGUCAAUCCCAACUUAAGGGAACGUUUAGUCAACCGGUGGAGUUAACAAAGGAGGAGACCCUUUCUACACAAAUAAAAUCACUACAAAAGCAACGUGAUGAGGCGCUUACCCAACUGACUGGAAUGCGUUUAGAACUAAAACAGACUCAGCAUGAGCUUGAAUCACGCACCGAAAUGCUACAGCUCCUGACGAACGCAGUCGACCCUGAAGUUCAGAGAGCUGGAACUUCCGGGGAACUACUUAACGAUCUCGCUGCUCACAAAGAGUUCAGCAAAUCCGCCGUAGAUCUAGAAGCCGCCCAGGCUGCUCGCAAAGAGGCCCUCCUCUUGGUGGACAAGUUGACUGCGCAGCUGGAAGCAAGCAGAACGGCAUAUCACGAGCUAAAAUUGCAAUCAAGCAAAGAGUGCACUCUUCUAGAGUGCAAACUUCGCGAAGCUGAGAACAAGCUGUCAGCCUAUGAAGAGUUGGAAAAUCAACUGAACGAGGCGAUUGACAGUGUCGGCGACACGCAACCAGAGUCACCUUCAGUAAUACAUGACCUGUUUCCUCACAUAGAACAUUACUUCUUCCUGUCCAAGCGUGAUAAAAAGUGUGAAGCUGCGACUCGCCACGGAACGCUAGUCCUUCCGACUUUGGCAGCAAGACGGAUGGAACACGCAAUGAAAUUAACCAAGCAAUUGAGAGAACUGGAAUCAAAAUAUACUGGAAGUUUAAAAGAGUUGCGUGAAAAGAAGGCUGAAUUAGAGGUGGCUAAGGAACAGAUUUCAACGCUGUCGAACUUAAUCGCACUGUCCGGCCAGCCACGCGAUUAUCUGGUUGCUACUUUGGCACGAAGAGAAUGCCAGAUGCGGCAACUCCGGAAGAAGCUAUCUGGCACGGAGCAUCGAUUGUUAAUGCUCAAUCAAACUCAUCAGUGUGUUACGGAAGAGCGGGAUGCCUUGGCUACGGAUCUGAAGCGAUUGUUACGCAGUCGUCGGAAUGUUGUUCAUCUGACUGAACAGGUUGCCCAGUUGCUCCGUUCUUCCGAUGUCUCAAACCGACUGUACAAUCUGCAUCGCUUUGAUGAACAUACGUAUAUUGGUCGAAUGCCUUCCGAACAAGUUGUUGGCCCACGGACUUGUAGAAAACGAAUUUUACCUCCUUAUGACAUCGAUCGCUCAUGAUGUCUGCGCUUCUGAGUUACAGAAAACUACUGUAUCUAUUUUUAUUACCAGUGUAGUAUAACAAGGCAGUAAUGGGAUGCAUAUGCGAGUUCUGUGGGUUACCGCUUGUCGGCUUCCUGUGAUACAUGAUAAAGAUGUUUAAAUUUUUCCAUCCCUUGCUGAAAGUUUUGGAACUGCUUUUCUUUUCUGACUCCACAUAAUUUGCAAUAAAUGGAAAGAUCCUGCCCGGUAAUUUUCAUUUGCUCACAUUCACCUUGAAAUACAUCUGAUGCUUCGAA